UCCUCUGCCUGCGUGGCUCAUUGAGUUGAUUGUGGCGUGAACGUGUUUUUGCGGGGACACGCGGGACGGAUGGCGUGGCUGGUGUGCGUGCUCGCGGCCGCGGUGCUGCUCGGCGCGGGGGUGCGCGGGAAAACCGUGGCGGGACUUUUGAGGAGUGACACGGCGCGGGAGAUGCGGGGCCAGUUCAUCUCUUCAUUCAUGUACCAAGGCGGUGGUGGUCUGUUUGUGUGUCGGCUGGACAACCCGUCUCUGGCCACAGAGAAGGAGUCCAGACUGCUGCUGUACCAGGACACGGACCUGGACACCCUGAGCUGCAGCGAGCGGCUGGCCCGAGCCCACUUCACCAUUCCUCUGAGUCAUGAAGAGCACAACCAGACGAUCCCUCGGAAGCCGUCCCCGACAGCCUGGCAGGUCCUGUACGCUGACAGAUACACGUGUCAGGAAAGCUCCGUGAUUCCGUCUCACCCUGAUCUCAGUUUCACGGUGUUGCUGUUGAACGCAGACUCGGCCGGAAAUCCUCUGGAGCACUUCAGCGCGGAGGAGGCAGGUCUCCACACUUUCUACUUCCUCCUGCUGCUCUUCUCCUUCAUCGCCUGCUGUAUUUACAUCAAGCCCCUGCACCAGGCCCUGAGGAAAGGAGGCCCCAUGCACACCGUCUUCAAAGUGCUCACCACGGCGCUGGCGUUGCAGGGCUGCUCCACUCUCUGCAACUACAUCCACCUGGCCAGGUAUUCUCGAGAUGGUAUCGGUAUUCCUCUGAUGGGCAGCCUGGCAGAGAUCUGGGAUAUGGCGUCCCAGGUGUCCAUGCUGUACAUGAUGCUGAGCCUGUGUAUGGGCUGGACUCUGAGUCGCGGCAGGAAGCCUCAGUCCAGACCUCUGCAGUGGGAACACUCUCCAGCCUCCACGGCUGUCGCUGUCGGUGGAGUCGUCUCAUAUGGAGUGCUGCUGCUGUGGGAGCUAUACUUAGAGUCUGAGAGGGAACACCACGGCUACCACGCCGGGCUGAGUCUGCCAGGCGUCCUCCUCAUGGCGCUGAAGGUGGGCUUGGCCAUGCUCCUGGCCUCAGUCCUCUACCAGAUCAUCUCCACCGAGAGGAGCACCCUGAAGAGAGACUUCUACCUCAGCUUCGCCAAGGGAUGCUUCCUGUGGUUCCUCUGUCACCCUGUCCUCGUCCUCACGGCUGUUAUCUUCAACGAGCACCAGAGGGAGAAGGUGGUAACUAUCGGUGUCCUCCUGUGCCAGUCCAUCUCCAUGGUCAUCCUCUACCAGCUCUUCCUGUCUCGCUCGCUCUACUGGGAGGUCUCCUCUCUCUCCUCCGUGUCUCUGCCGCUAACCAUGUCCAGGACAACCCAGAGGGGGCGCUACUGAGCCAAUCCGAGGGGAGUUGGAACACGCUGCGAGACCGAUGCUUCCCUGGGGCGAGACUUCCCUGAGCAUGACGAUGCAAACACGCCGUGACACCACAGGGACUGUUCUCCUUUGCUGUGAAAUGAUUACAGGGGGAAUAACCAAUGGCGCCUGGCGAAGAAGUGACUGGGAAACAAUAGCAUGGGUCAGAGGACAUUUACAGAACACCCUUCCUCUAGUGACAGAUGCUUUUUAACAUUGCUGAGCAGGAGGGAAGAUUAUCGAGACCACUUGUGCUCUCCGUUACAACACAGGACGUCCUACCCAACAGCCACUAUGCACCUUUGAAGUGAAGGAGGUUGAGGAUGGAGGAAGAUGGCUCCCCGAGAUUUCAACAAGUCAAGAAUGAUAUUGAUCUUGACUGUGUGGCAGGUAGUGAGGAUGGUCCUGGACUGGGAGGACACAGGCUGAGACCAUGUCCUCUAACCUUAACCCCAUCCAAAGAGUUUAAGAUUCAAGAAAGACACAAAGAAUAUAUUUUUGUUUGUUUUGUUUUUUUAUUUCUGUAAAUUCAGCUCAUUUAAUUCUGUCAUUCCUACGAAUGUGUAGCUCUCCAACUCAAACCCACUGGUCUCUCCCAUAACAUCUCCAUCUUUUAAAAAAUACCUCACUUGUAGUUUUAUUUAAUUUAAUUUCAUCUGUUGUUUUCAGCGGCGGACUGAUACACUGCUCUUCUGCACAUAUGCUGCUCGAGUGGGAGCUUUUAGCAGAAAGGUGCAUGAGGGAUCCGAUUUAAAAUAUAUACUUGAACAUGAACAUAUGUGGGAGUUUUGUUAAUCACAAAAUGUGCUGAUCUCUUCUAUUAGAUCUUGUUGUUGACUGCUUUCCGUUGACAUGUGUGUUUAUGUUCACUGUGUUUGAUUUUAUCCCACAGUGACAAUCUUAUUGCAAUUACACAACAACACAAAUCAAUAUGAGGACCCUGGUUGAACUGUGAGUUCAAUAUAUUAUAUUUAGAUGGUUGGAAAUUUGUUACAGCAAAUUUCAUUUGAGUGUCCAGUCAUAUGUUUUGAGUUUCCAUCUAUUAUAAGUAUUUAUUUUGUCACCUGUGGAAAUAUGGUAGCUGUGGUAACUAAUAAACACAGUUGUAGUAACAGCUGUUGGGACAUUUACUGAAAA